AUGGCCAACCCGGUCGACUCUGAGAUGAAGGUCGUCGUGGACCCGACUGCUUUCAACGCGGGAGCAGGGUCCGAAGCUCCGUGCGGUCUGUCGCCCUCGCGGCGAUCCGAGCUGUCGGCGGAGCAGACCGUCAGGGUCCUGACGAAGCCGUUCCAGACCGCGAUAGGUCGGUUUAACGAGCUGGCCGAUGUUGGCGCGGACUUCGGGGAGGACACCGAGAGCAUGAAGGCUCUGAAGCAGCAGGACGACCUGGACGUCAUACCCGAGAGGCACCUGUACAAGGUCCUUGUCCGCGUGCGCUUCGAGGUGAUCGAGCCAGACCGCCCCUGGGCCUUCUACUGCACGCUCAGCCUGUCCUUCGCGGACCCGGAGGGCCGGAGGCACAGCGUGGACUUGGUGCUGAGAUUCGGCGCGCCCCAGCCCGGCCGCGGCUCCGCCGCCCCGCGCACCGCGUGGUGCACAUGA